AUGAUAAAAAUGAUGGUAAUGGUCGUAUUGGUCUUCACGAUGUGCUGGCUUCCAUUCAACAUAUUAGUGCUGAUUUGGGAAGCAAAGCCAGAGCUGUCGAACUGGUCUUUCCUGCCGUACAUGUACUUCGCCCUCCAUUGGCUUGCAAUGUCUCACUCUUGUUACAAUCCCCUGAUCUACUGCUGGCUCAACGCGAGGUUCCGCUCGGCCUUCUGCGUCGCCCUCAACAGACUCUCCUGCAAGAAGAAGCCUCCACAGGACCAGCUCCUGCACAGGAUCAACACAACAUGCACCACGUACAUAACGAUCAGCGCCAAACAGCGGGGUAAGACUUCUUACCGCGAACAGAAGAUUUAA